UUUCUCUCUCUCUCUCUCCCCCCUUUCCCCAAACAGCUGUGUUGCAGAGGUGGUGGGCCAGGGAAAGGUGUCUCUGCUUGCAUUCUUGGUGGUGGGGGGAGCCCUGCGGACAAUGCCCGGCCGGAGCUCUCAGAAGCAUCAGCGACGUCUUUUCCUCCUCCUCCUCCUCCUCCAGCGAGGCUGCACAUGAGGCAGCUGCAAUGACAGCAGCCGGUCCGGCGGAGUGAGCGAGAGAUCGCGAGGGGCCUGCCUGCCUGCCUGCCGCAAGAUGAACGCCUCCUCCCUGGAUGGCGGGGGCAGCGAUGGCGGGGGCAACCACAGCCAUGGCGGCGUGGGCAAGCCCUUCUGCCUCUUGGCGGCCGGCUACCCGGAGGCCCUGGACAUCUGCCUGCUGGAGGCCGUCAUCAUCGUCUUCCUGACGGUCCUGAUCAUCUCGGGCAACGUGGUGGUCAUCUUCGUCUUCCACUGCGCCCCGCUGCUCAACCACCACACCACCAGCUACUUCAUCCAGACCAUGGCCUACGCCGACCUGCUGGUGGGCGUCAGCUGCCUGGUGCCCUCCCUCUCGCUGCUGCGCUACCGCCUGGCCUUCCUGCCGGAGUCGCUGGUCUGCCAGGCCUUUGGCUACGCCGUCUCGGUGCUCAAGAGCGUCUCCAUGGCCUCGCUGGCCUGCAUCAGCGUGGACCGCUACCUGGCCAUCACCCAGCCCCUGACCUACAACACGCUGGUCACCCCCUGCCGCCUCCGCCUCUGCAUCCUGCUCAUCUGGCUCUACUCGGGCGCCGUCUUUCUGCCCGCCUUCUUCGGCUGGGGCAAGCCGGGCUACCACGGGGACGUCUUCCGCUGGUGCGCCGACGCCUGGGAGACGCGGGCCGCCUUCACCCUCUUCAUCGUGGUCACCCUCUACGCCCCGGCCGCCUUGGUGGUCUGCUUCACCUACUUCAGCAUCUUCCGCAUCUGCCAGCAGCACACCAAGGAGAUCAACGAGCGGCGGGUGCGCUUCGGCGGGCAGGAGGGCGGGGAGGCGGCCGAGGCCCAGCCCUGCCCGGACAAGCGCUACGCCAUGGUCCUCCUGCGCAUCACCAGCGUCUUCUACAUCCUGUGGCUCCCCUACAUCAUCUACUUCCUCCUGGAGAGCUCCUCCGUCUACCGCAGCCGUGCGGCCUCCUUCCUGACCACCUGGCUGGCCAUCAGCAAUAGCUUUUGCAACUGUGUCAUCUACAGCCUCUCCAACAGCGUCUUCCAGAAGGGCUUGAAGCGCCUCUCGGGCGCCGUCUGCGCCUCCUGCGCCCGGCACCGCGCGGCCAGGGACUCCUCGGCCUCCCGGAGCAAGCGGCCCUCCAACGGGUGCCAGGCCUGAGCGGGGGCCGCCCCGGAGGACGCAAACAAACAACAGGCGGGUUGGGUUCCGCUCAGACCCCAAAACAGGUUUUUAAAAACAUACAUGUCCAGGUUUGCAAAAAAAAAUAUCAAACAUGUUUCAGACAUGAAACCUUGCGUGAGGAAUGCUGCUGAUUGAGAAGAAUCCAGGAUCUCCAUAAGCAUGUGAAGUCUGUUUGGUGUUUCACUUGGGGGUGGGGAAGGGCUUGGGGCAAUGAGUGUCCCACCACCAGAGCGGUCUUCUUCCCCUUGCAUCCCAGUUGGAGCAACUGGAAAGCAGUGGCUGUCGGAAGAGGGGCGCUGGAUGAAGAGGGUGUGCGUGGGAGGGGUGGGAGACCCUCGUAUUCUUCCUCGCUGCCUCCCUCCUCUUCUCUGUGCGUCAGUGUGGGAAUGUGUCUGUGGUCUAUAACGGUGUUUUGUUUGUUUGUCUGUGCAUAUGCCAAAGUAUAUUUCCAAAACUCAAGGGGCCAAACGGUAUUGUCUUUCUCUCCUUCCUCUCCCACCCCCUUACACUUUCCCCCCUCUCUCCCAGCCCCUUAUAGACAUAUUGCAAAAAAUGUAAACAUUGGAUUUCAGUGUGCAAUGAGGCAGCCGUGCUGCCCCGUCCGUCCGUCCCCUCGUCCUCCAACCCUCCUUGUGCUUUCCUCGCCCUCGGUUCCCUGCCUCACCACUUCGGCACUCCUUCCCACCCAGUUAGGAUGUCCAUUUGUGAUUUAGAGCCCAGUAUUUGAAAAUGAAACCCAAUUGUCUGUAGUGACGGGAUGACUUUUGGAGGAGGACAGGUUUCGCAGUUGAAUAAAGUGUUUUCCUUUUCUUAAAAAAAAAAAAA